ACUCAAAAAUGUUGACACACUUCACCCGUCUUGUCAAAACUUCCUUUCUUUUGAAAAUCCACACCCGCCCCAAAAGCUCCUUCGGGAACCUGAAAGACCAAGACCGCAUCUUCACCAACCUGUAUGGUAAGCACGACUGGCGCCUCCCGGGUGCCCUAAAACGCGGCGACUGGUACAAAACCAAGGAAAUCAUCCUCAAAGGUCCCGACUGGAUAAUCCAGGAGGUCAAAACGUCAGGUUUGAGAGGGCGCGGCGGCGCUGGGUUCCCGUCGGGACUGAAAUGGUCCUUCAUGCGAAAACCCGACGACGGUAGACCCAAAUUUCUGGUUAUUAACGCCGACGAAGGUGAACCUGGGACGUGCAAAGACCGUGAAAUCAUGAGGCACGACCCCCACAAGUUGCUCGAAGGUGCUUUAAUUGCUGGAAGUGCCAUGGGAGCAAAGUCGGCGUACAUCUACAUCAGAGGCGAGUUCUACAAUGAGGCUGCCAAUAUGCAGGUGGCUAUAGCUGAGGCUUAUCAAGCCGGGUUGAUUGGUCGUGAUGCGUGUGGAUCGGGCUUGGAUUUCGAUGUGUUUGUACAUAGAGGUGCUGGGGCUUAUAUUUGUGGCGAGGAAACGGCGUUGUUGGAGUCCCUAGAGGGUAAACAAGGAAAACCGAGGUUGAAGCCGCCUUUUCCAGCUGAUAUUGGGUUGUUUGGAUGUCCGACUACUGUGACGAAUUGUGAGACUGUGGCGGUUUCACCGACGAUUUGUCGCAGAGGGGGGGCAUGGUUUGCCUCUUUCGGACGACCCAAGAAUUCUGGGACCAAACUCUAUAACAUCUCGGGUAACGUGAAUAACCCGUGUACCGUGGAAGAAGAAAUGAGUAUUCCGUUACGGGAGUUGGUUGAGAGGCACGCUGGAGGUGUGGUUGGAGGUUGGGACAACUUGUUGGGGGUAAUCCCUGGAGGUUCGUCCACGCCGGUGUUGCCAAAAGACAUCUGUGACGACGUCCUCAUGGAUUUUGACGCUCUGAUUGAAGCAAAAUCGGGGCUUGGAACGGCUGCACUAAUCGUCAUGAACAAAGACGUUGACAUUAUUAAAGCGAUAGACAGGUUGAUGAGGUUCUACAAACACGAGUCUUGUGGCCAAUGUACUCCAUGCCGCGAAGGAGUCAAUUGGUUGUACAAAAUAGUCCACCGACUUGUCGAGGGUUGUGCCAAAAUUGAAGAAAUCGACAUGUUAUUGGAAUUGACGGUACAAAUCGAGGGUCGUAGUAUUUGUGCUUUGGGGGACGGAGCAGCUUGGCCAGUGCAAGGACUCAUCAGACACUUCCGAGACGAAAUCGAGGCUAGAAUCCACAAGUACCACGACCAGCACGAGUCAAAGGACGAAAACGAAGACAACCCUUGUGUUUGUGUCCUAUAAUCUGUACUAGUUCGAGUUUUGUUCAGUAAAGUUAU